UAUGGAAAAGUAGAGAGUUUUGGUAACCCUAUGGAGUUCAGGCUGAAUCCGAUGUGCACUAGGGAUAGGGAUCUCUGGCAUAUGCGGUGCCCACUGAUAUGCAACUGGGCGGUUGAGCUUCACCUGCCACAUCGGGUGUUCCGCCAGUUUGGUUUGUUCCAGCCACACCCGCCGGAGUGGGAGGACACAGAUAAGUUGCUACACGCGUUGGAUAGGAAAAAGCAGCGGAAGAUCAAGGAUUGGGCCAACCAUCACAGGAAGUAUGUCGUGCAGUUCGCUUUUAGUGUGGAGCAAGCAAGGGCUGGAAAACGAGCCCAGCUUCGUGAGCACUGCCCGAUCGCGUUCAACAACUAUCUCACAUGGUUUCUUGCAAGUACCCGCGUGGAGGUAUGCAAGUCGGCGUAUGCUGAGGAGAUUCUGAAAGAACCCACCGUUUUUGAUGAGCACCAGGGCCAAAAGUUAAGGCGGCUAUCAAACCUUUUCGGUUGUCGUGACCCCGAGUAUGUAUCACCAGAACGGUCUAGGUCGGCGACACCAUUAGAUCCCGCUUCGGGGCAGGGCCAUGGUGAACCUUUGGAGGAUGAGGAUGUGGGUGUGGUCACCCAAGAGGUUGCUGAUGAUAUGACCGUGGGGACGUACCAGGCUCGGUCUGCAUACGAGUUGAAGCCUAGGAAGGGAAUCAACAAGUACACACCUGAAGACUUCACCCAAAGAGGCCAAAGAGGCAAAAGGACGGUCGGCACCUCGCGGAUGGCGGCUUUGGAUGACUAUUUGGAUGACGAUGUAGAUUACGUGGAGGAACCGGAGCCGGAGCCGGAGCGGGUUCCUCUUCCUAGGAAGGUGAAGAAGAUAAGCGUCAAGAGGGGGGAGGAGCCAGCAAGCGCGGAAAGCACUAGUCAUCAUCCUUUAUUUAUAAUGUUGAACUUAGAGUGGUGGUAGCUCUUAGUAAUGUGGAAUUUGUUAUGUCGUUGAACUUGGAGUGGUGGUAGCUCUAUGUUAAACUUGAACUUAUUGUGAUGGUCCUUUCUAAGAAAUGAUGUCUUUGUUGAACACUUUUUGAACCUUAAUGUUUAUUAUACGAAA